ACGUAGCAAAUUUGAUAUAUAUAUGUAUGAUUAUACUUGAUCAUUAUGAAGUCAAGAUUACGAUAGAAUUAUUGGACUGUUCAAUAUUGCAAGUUGUACAAAAAUGCAAUAUGGUAUAUAUUUCCAAUAGGAAACUUAUGAGCUACACUAUAUAAACAGCUACUUGCGUGGAUUGUUCUUGUGUAACAAAGUAUCUGAUUCAAAUUUGUAGUCAUUUAUAUUUUUAACUUGUUACAAUUAUUUUACAUUAUAUUAAGGAGUGAAAAGAUCAAAUUAUAUAUAUUUGGCUUUUCUUGUGAUAAAGCUUCUACAAUAUAAAUUUGCAAUAGACAGAUUUUCCACAUUCCAAAAUAUGGAGUUUCCAAAUUUAGGAGAACAUUGCUCAGAGCAAACUUGCAAUCGUUUAGAUUUUCUACCUCUAAAAUGCGAUGCUUGUGAAGCUAUAUUUUGUACAGAUCAUAUAUCAUAUAUAAAUCAUUCCUGUCCUAGUGCUUAUAAAAAAGAUAUUCAGGUACCAGUGUGCCCAUUGUGUAAUACACCAAUACCACAAAAACGAGGAGAUCCUCCAGACUUGGCUGUGAGCAUGCAUAUAGACAAUGAUUGUCAAUCAGAUAUUAGAAAAGAUCGUAGAAAAAUAUUUUCGAAUAAGUGUUCAUCAAAAGGAUGCAAAGUAAAAGAAAUAGUGCAGGUUAAAUGCAAUGACUGUGGCAAUAAUUUUUGUUUGAAGCAUAGACAUCCCAGCGAUCAUGCAUGUAUUGGCAAAGAAGAGGCAAUUAAACUUAAAAGAUUGAGUGCCCUGAAUAAACACUCUGUGGUUUCCCAGAAUGACAAUCACAAUAAUUCUAUUGUAUUCCAAAAUCUUCAAGGCACCAUGAGCGAAGAUGAAGCUUUAGCUAGAGCGUUACAGGCUUCCUUGCAAGAUGAAGGAAGAAAUAAACGGCAAGGGUUACAGCCAGUGCCUUCUGCGCAUAGAAACAGAUGCAGACUUUCUUAAUUGCAAUGCACUCUUAUCAAUUUUAUGCAUUUUUAGAUAAAAUACUGCUGUUUAAACCUUCAUUAAAAGGUGAAUAUAUCUUUCCAGCUUUUAUUAAAUUCUAUUAAUAAUUAUAUUUCAUAAAUAAGAUUUUAUACCUUUUCAUAUAACAUUUAAUAUUUCUUGAUUACACAUAAAAAUAUGCAUAUUACAAUUCUGAUAAUUUUGUUCACAUUUUUGACUAGCACAGCAGCACUAGAUAAACUAAUAAUAAUCCAUUUCUUAUAUAUAUAUAUAUAUAAAUUGUUUUUUCCUUGCAAAGUAGAAUGUCUCCUAGAUCCCAUAAUUAAAGUAAUUUCACAUUUAUUUAAGCAAAGAUUUAUUUAAGUCUAAAGUGCUUUUUAUAAAUAAUGUGUUCAUUUUUAAAUUAUAUUUAAUACUUUAUAUCUGGACUACCCAUUAAUAUAUAUUUUUGCACAUAUGAAUGUGUUUUGAAAUUACAUUAACUUUGAUAAUUAUAUAUAAUACAGAUUUUACAUUUUCAUAAGCUUUGAGAGACAAAAAUUUCGAAGUUGUAUGUUAUUAGAUAUGUCAGUAUCCAGUGCCUUAAUAGAUUGAGUGCAUGUAUAAGAAAAUGGGCAUGAAUGUAUAUAUAUAUAUACAUAUAUUCAUAUAAAAAUUAUUAUAAUAUAAAAAUAAAUGUAUAUAAAAUGAAAAAUUAAGUUAUUUCUUUUUCAGAGUACAUUUCUACUGUCUCUUACAUACAAUAUUUCAAUAAUUAAAUAGAUGUACCCAUUUUCUACAAUUUACGCACAUUAGAAUAUGAACAAUUUUUAUGCGAAAAUACUAUUUAAUUAAAUAUCUUUAAGUAAUAUGCAUAUUCAAAUAUCUUAGAUUUUAAAUAUUUUAUAUAUAGCACGAAUGUUUCAUCAUUUAUGGUAUUUAAAAUGUUAAUUAUAAAUUUAGUUUAAAUUUGUAUAUUUAAGAAAGAAAAAAGAAUAUGUCAAUAAUACCCAUAAAUUUUACAAUCUUCAACAU